GAAUCGACGCUUCUUGUCGUGAUUCAGAGUUCAAACCGCUACAACUAUUUUUCUGAAUGUAUAAAGGAAACACAAAGAUUUUUGGCUGAAAAAUUGAGUCUCAUUCCAAACACGAAGCUAGUAAUAUCCGAUUACUGGUACCUGCCAGACGAGGACCACGUACAAAUGUUCCAGGAUACUCUUCAUUUGCUGAUAAAUGGGAGAAGGGCUUUUGCUACAAUGUUAGAGGUGUUAAACAAGCGUUGGCAGACAUUAGAUCUUAUUUCAGUGUUCAGGGAAAUUAAGAGGACUUUGCCUGUUCAAUAUGAACUUUUCUAUCAAGGGGAUAGGUCCACUUUUGUUUACUAUGAAUGUCAAAUAGUUGACAUCUUGACCUGUCUUCCAAAACUUCAGAAGGUGGAUCCAUAA